CAGAGAGUUAGAAAGAGAUAGCGAGCAAGAGAAGGCAAGGGCACUUCAACUAUUCGCGUCAUUCGCAGACGUUUUCUGAAGAUCGCAUCACUUCUUUGUCGCCACUCAAAUCGCUUUAUUCCUUAGUCUACGGAAACCUCAUUCAAUAAGUGUCUGGAUUAAUUUAUAAAGGGCUAUUUCGACAUAUAAUUCUGGUACAACGGACGCUAGACGGGGACUCUGUGCGACUACCCUACUAAGGCAGAUUUCUGUCUGGCACUAAAGCGGCUCCAGUUUUGGAUUUGCUACCUAGUUUUGGAUCUGUUUAGGGGAUCCUUUCGUCCUCUUGUAACGUCUAAAUCUAUAUUGAAGAUCUCAUCAUGUGCAGACAGAUAUGACAUUUAGAAGAUAAGGGAUAAAACGUAGACAACAGCCUGUGUUAAAGCCUUUUUGCUGUCGGAUCAAGGAAUGUGUGGAUUAUUUUUUUUCUAAUGAAAACUGGACAGCUUCGUUUUUUUUCUCAUGGAUAUAUAACCUAAUUCUAGUAUAUAACUAGGCAAUUUAUCUGCUCCAAAUUACACAGAAACCCAACUCGUAACCAUAUGCGUAAAAUAUCAUCUGUUACAAUGUUUAUCUUUCUACAUGGGCUACUGAAUGAACGGAACGAAUGAAGCAUUUCAUGUUCACAGUAGUUCAACGUUGUAACAAAUUCUUUWUGCUGCUAUUUUGUAUUCUAGAUGCUCAACGUUCUUACAUUGAAAAAGGUUUAUAUUUCGAUAUAGCUGCAUUUUAGUCGGACCAUUAUAGGUUUAUAAUUCCGUUAAGGUGAUGGUUCAUUUCUCCUUACAGAGAAGGUUACUAUCACGACUGGAGCCUUGAUUUUUUUUUGCGGGGUUUAUUUUUUUAUUUUUUUAUUUUUAUUAAAGACUGGCGUAUGCUACAGAUUUUCUUGCCUUCUCCAACUCCCAGUUUCUCCAUACUAUUAUCUCAGGCUGCUUGUCAUUGCCUGUACACGGAUCCCGGAAUCUUCAUGAUUUGCGUACAUCAUGCUCGUUUUUUAGCCGGGAAACCCUCUUUUCGUCCCGCAUGUUUAGGACCAAACGAACUGGGCUCGUCCGGCGACUCUGGAGGAGCCGUGCGCCGGUCGAGGGCGACGGGGAUGCGGAUACACGAACGCAUGGAUCCGGGGGUUGCUGUAUGGGUAAAUCGACGAAGGUUGCAGGAAAAACUAGCGCCGGAACGGAUGCUGAAUUGAAAGCCCUGACCCACUCGACACUGAAACAAAUAAAAGAGAAACAAUUAGAGUGGCUCUUGCAAGCGGUCGAGUCAAAGGGGGGUGCGCGGAGCCCCUGCCUGCUCCUACCCAGCAAAGUGGACACCAAACUGGGUCAGCAGUCUUAUUCCCUCCCCUUGCUGCUCUACAAAGUGUUUCGGUGGCCGGACCUCAUGGAUUGCUCGGAAUUAAAAAGGCUAUCUUGCUGUGAAUCCUAUGGGGAAAUUAACCCAGAACUCGUUUGCUGCAAUCCGCACCACAUGAGCAGGCUUUGUGAACUCGAGUCCCCCCCCCCUCCUUAUUCCCGAUAUCCARUGGACUUUCUUAAACCACCCG